ACUGGGUUCGAAGAGACCAUCAAGAUCAUCAAGUCCAACCCAUCCCUAAAACCUCAACUACACUAUGGCAUGGAGUGCCACUUCCAGUCUUUUUUAAAACACAUCCAGGAAUGAUAACUCCACCACCUCCCCGGGCAAACUGUUCCAGUACUUCACCACACUUUCUGUAAAAUGCUUUUUCCUAAUAUCCAGCGUAUAUUUCUCUUGGCAAGCUUAGGACUGUGUCCUCUCAUUCUGUCAGUUGAUACCACAGAAAUGAUUCUGAUCUGUGCUCCCUUGUAGAUUGGGAUGCUAGAAAUGUUUUUCUGGCACCUUGGCUGGAAGAUAGAUUGGAUCCAGGUAAGAUAUCUAUAUUUACCAUAGAAUAGUAAUUGACAAUCUGGCAAGAACCAGGUGACAGAAGCUUCUGUGGGUGUUGUGUUACAGAUGUGUCUGCCGAGGGGAAUUUUCCAGCUCCUGGGCUGGAUGAAGUACACAAGCCCGAUUACCAUGGCAGGGGUCCUCCAACAGGACAGACCCACGCUAAAGGAGAAAAUGAAUCCCUGACGCCUUCUGAACUUGUGGACCAGAUGCUGAAUGAUCUGGAGAGACGCCGUGAAAUGAAAGUAGAGCCUGUGCAGAUGGAAGCACUCCCCAGAGGAAGCAGUGGUUCCGUGCCAGUCUCGGCUGCAGAAAGGGAUGCCAUGCCAGGCACAGGCACAGGAGAUUGGGAUCCUGAUAUGGAUUAUUUGGAAGUCCUGGUGCAUAACCAUUUUAAGUCCUUGGAGGAUGCCGAAGCUAACUCGGUUGGUGAAAAUGAUCUGGCUUCCCAACCCAUGUCCAGGACUGAGCCUCUGGGAGAUGGUGAAGUGAUGGACCAAAAGGCUGUGCAGAUAGAGGAACACCUAGGGAGAAGCAGUGGCUCAUUGGCAGCCCCUGCUGCAGGAAAGAAGGCAAAGCCAGACACGGGCACAGGCACAGCAGAUGUAGCCGGCAGCACAACACGUGUUCCCGAUGCCCAGAAGGGCCUCAGAAGCGAUUUGUGUCAGGGAACUCGCUGUUUGUUGGAGUUAAUGGCCAUUGUGGCUGGUGGGGAGCUUGUCUUCACGUUGUGCUGCAUUGGAAUCUGGUAUUCCUGGAAGAGAAGACGGCACCACCUUGAAGAAAAGCUGAAAGCUAGUGGCUGGUCACGAGACCUCUACAGCCAGAAGAGCAAUAGCAGCAGCUCUGAGUCUGAUGAUGAGUCUGAUGAGUGUAUAUUUGCCCCUCCAACCCCUGUGGUGCUUUGAGGCGACAGGCCCAGCACUCCAUGCAGGGCUGAAGGUGAAAGCCCUAGAACAGGAUUUAGAAGUGCUCAAGUUAGCACUGUCUGAGAGCUUCCAAAAUCACCUCUUCCCUUGUAAUAAAGAGAUGGAGCUGUCA